AUGGCUUGGCCUGCCGUAUCAAGUCCUUUGGGUCACCAUUUGGUACUUAAUGAGCUGAGCUUGGAGUCAAACGAUAUCGACAACAGUGACGGAGCCCUUUUACGCUUAGUGAGGGCCGGUGUGCGAUCUACCCUGCAGUCUCUGAAACUUGUCUUGUUAGUCUCUAGCAGCCUCCUUCACGGCGCUGGAGCGAGAGGAAAUCUGGCAUGUGCUCACCCAUCACGUCACCAUCAGCUAACCGUAUCCGCUGCACAUUUCAUAGCCGAUUUCAUGUCCGAUUCUCAACGCUGCAAAGGCCUGACCUUGCCUGACCUGAACGGCAACAAUAUUGUGACUGCAAUCGUCGGAUGGUUUGCGUUCGAUGGAGGGCAGGUUCCAUCAAAAACAUCCCAACACAUGCUGCAAGCCUACGAUUAUUCUUCCAGGCCGUAUUUCGGGGAGACGCGGCACCCAAACAGGCAGCUGAACAAAGUCGGCGUAGUCGGAGUUUGGCGACAAAGAGAUUCGCAAGAGGAGAUGAAAAGGGUCAUUUGCAUUAGGCGACGUUAUGCUUCCAGCCCUACGGAAGACAUCUACUCCUCCAGCUCAGGGCGCAGGAACGCAGAUCGCAGGGAUCUUCCAUCUUCCGCUUCGGAGCGUGAGGCGCCUCGUGAGGUGGCAUGUCACGUAACUUCCAUCGGCGUCACAUUGGACGAAAGGGUGAGCGACUUCGAGAAGGCUUCAGAGCUUGAUGCGGGUAUCAGUCAGUCAAGCGCGAAAGAUGUGCUAUCCAAGUCCCUCGCAGACAACGCUGACCCCAACGUCGGGUGCAAAUUUGCGGCAUUCGACGUCGUGAGUGCAGUAAGUAGCAUAGAUACUUGGGUGCUGGGCGAGAAGGCGGAACCAAGGAACCAAUCACACGGGCAAGAGAAGGCAGCCUCAUCUCGGAGAGAUUCCUCGAUGCAUUACCAGAGCACCGUCUUCACAUUGUACGCCAGCUGA